UACAACGGGAGGACUACGCUAGAUGCUCGGCCAGUACAACAUGUGACUUCGCGGCUUCACCGCGGACGGACGCAAUCGACGCAAUCUCUUCAGCAACAGACGGGAGAGAGUAUAGAGCCAUAGAGACAUCACAUACACUCACCCUAUAGUGCUGCGCGACGACCUGUCGUCGCAAGGUGCAACUGUGACCUGUGUGAUCAACUUGAAAUAGAUAUUCCACAGACAAUCAAAGUGUUGCCUCCACGUGCGAGGAAGAAGAAGGCAUUAUGCCCUUCUGGAAUUACGCGAAAGAGGACAUCAUGGUGCUCACAGAUGAGCCAUACAAUCUGAAAUACAUGCCGACGAGACGGAACAUUCUUAGCGCGUUGCGAUGGUUAGUGAAAGACGCCCAGCCUGGAGAUUGCUUAUUCUUUCACUACUCUAGACAUGGAGGACGAAUCGUCGACUUGGAUGGUCGCCGUGUGGAUGGUCACCGUGUAGAUGGAUUUGAGAAGGUUGACUGGGAACGCGCUGGUGAGAUUGUGAGCGAGGACUUAUACGACGUGAUGGUCAAACCCCUACCCGCUGGCUGCUGCCUUAAUGCGUUGUUUGAUUCAUGUUAUUCUGGAUCCGUCCUUGAUUUGCCGUACAUCUAUCAACCCAGUGAUCACUUGAAACAGCAUGCUGCGAACUCUCGAGCUCUUACAAAGUACCCGCAAGCUCAUGUGGUAUUGUUUGCAAGCUGUAGUGACUUCCAAGGUAGCGGGGGCGUUAUCAUAAGGGGUGGAGAGUUUCUUGGAGCCAUGUCCUCUGCCUUCAUCUCGUCCCUUACGACCAACCCAACCCAGACAUAUUUGCAGGUACUUGCGUCUGUGCAGGUUAUCUUACGUCGGACUCAGAGGCAGACGCCGCAGCUGUCGAGAUUCUAGUCAACAAUGCCUCUUUUAAUUUAGUUUUUCCUUCUACGAUUUGUACAUACAACAGGGAAGUUCUGUGAGUAGAAGCUUGUUAUUGUUUUAGAUGGAACGAUCCAGUUAAGGAUCGUCCCGGAGACUGCUGGAACAGCUUACCUUGCGCGUCUCAAAUAGCAGACGUGUACGCCUAUUUAUGAUUCUAUACUCGUUUUUUUAGAUGUGUGGAUACUAAUUGAGUAUCGAAUACCUGAUCAUCAAGAACAAGAACCGAGUGUUUGGUUAUUAGUGAGCUGUCUGGUGUUACGAAGGCUACAUGCGUUGCGUCUGU